AUGUCCGGCCCCGACGGAAAACCUACGCUUCUCGACCGGCCAAUGCCAUCGUCUUUUGACGAGAAUAACGAAUUCUACGAUGAGCGCGUCCUACACAAAGUCUUCCGGAAGCUCAGGGAGGAGCCCCUGGUCCCUCUUGGCUGCGGCCUCACUGUCUUCGCCUUCGUCAGCGCGUGGCGCGCCAUCCGCCGCGGCGACUCGGUCCAGGCCAACAAGAUGUUCCGCGCCCGUGUCGCCGCCCAGGGCUUCACCGUCCUCGCCAUGCUCGCCGGCAGCAUGUACUACAACAAGGACCGCGAACGCACCGCCGAGCUGCGCAAGAUCAAGGAGGCCAAGGACGCCGAGGAGAAGCGCCAGAGGUGGAUCCGCGAGCUCGAGGCCCGCGACGACGAGGAGAAGGCCCUCAAGGCCAUGCUGCAGAACAAGAGGGCCAAGUUCGAGGCCGCGAAAUCGGGUGCUGCCGGAGGCGACACGCCGGCCGACGGGGAGAAGUCCAAGUCCGGUGGCGUGCUUGGUGCGUUGGGGCUCUCUGGGUGGGGCAAGCCGGAGGCGGAGAGCGCCGCCUCCCCGGUGCCGUCGGCGGACCAGACUCACAAGAAGGAGAACCCCAAGAGCUCCCUCAGCACGAUUGGAGAGAUCUACGGCCGGAAGCCUUCGUCGUCGGGCGAGUCAUCAGAUGAGCCCAAGAAAUAG